AUGAAAACCAAAAUCUGUAUCAAUAUUAUAAUAUUUCAAUAUUUUCUCGGUUUUUUGCACGGUAUUUCACCACAAUGUCAAAAUGCGGCUAUACUGGAUAGAAAAUACAAUACAACCUGGAUUUGGUUCUUGUUUGCUGGACAGGAAAAUAAACGUGAUGUAAGUUCAAUAUGAGCAAUGGGUGUGCAAAAUAGGAUUUUCGACAAGAAAUUCUAAUUUUUCAUGAAAUUUGGAGCUUUUUGACACCAAACAUGACCUAUUUCUGAUAAUUUUUGAAUUUGUCACCAUGUAGUGAAAAUAUGUCAAGAUUUUUGACGUAGGAGAAGACGGAUAGGAUUUUCGACCUCAAAUUUAAAUUUUUCAUGAAAUUUGAGGCUUUUUGACACUAAACAUGACCUAUUUCUGAUAACUUUUGAAUUUGUCACCAUGUAGUGAAAAUAUGUCAGAAUUUUCGACAACCCCAAAGUAGGAGAAGGCGGGUGGGAUUUUCGACCUCAAAUUUGAAUUUUUCAUCAAAUUUGGGGAAUUUUGACACCAAACAUGACCUAUUUCUGAUAAUUUUUGAAUUUUUCACUACAGUAGUGAAAAUAAGUCAAGAUUUUUGACCAAAAUCAUUUUUCCAAAACAGGUCAUGUGUGGUGUCAAAAUGCUCCAAACUCCAUGAAAAACUCGAAUUUCCGGUCGAAAAUCCUGUCAGCCUUCUCCUACUCUGAGGCUGUCAAAAAUCCUGACAUAUUUCUCCUACAUAGUGAAAAAUUCAAAUUUUAUCAGAAAUAGGUCAUGUUCGGUGUCAAAAUGCUCCAAAUUUCAUGAAAAACCCAAAUUUCGGGUCAAAAAUCCUGUCAACCUUCUCCUACUCUGGGGCUGUCAGAAAUCCUAGCAUAUUUCUCCUACAUAGUGAAAAAUUAAAAAAUUAUCAGAAAUAGGUCGUGUUUGGUGUCAAAAUGCCCCGAAUUUUUGUAGAGACAAAGAGCCACAUAUAUAAUCGAGCAACUAUUGUGUGAAUUACCGAUAAAAACCGAAUAUAGCCUAAGUCUCGGUUAUAAGGUGGAUGAAAGAGUGACUACCUCAAUGGAUGAUGGAGGCGCAUUUGCAAUCAGAUUAGGUCCGGAAUAUAAUCAUGAUUUUAAGAAACCUGGAGAUUGUGCUGAACUCGAAAAAUUGUUAUUUGAAGAUAUUAAAAAAAAGGAGGAUACUGUAGGCAAAAAUUGGAGACAAAUUACUCUAAUUUUCAUAUUUCCGGCGGUUGAUGAAUGUGGAAUUUACGAUAAGUUCAAGAAAUCGAUUUUGUACAAAAAUCACACAUUUUUUGGAAUUCAUUUUGAUAACACAAAAAGCGAGGAAUAUGUCAGUUUGAAUAUUCCGUAUUUGAGAAAUUUCGAUGUUCAUCAAAAGGUUGCUGAUCCGAAUUUAGUGAUGGUUAUUAAGGAAUUGUGAGUUUUCAGAUACAAAAUUUGAAUUUUUCAUGAAAUUUGGGGAUUUUUGACACCAAACAUGACCUAUUUUCGAUACUUUUUGAAUUUUUCACUACAGGAGUGAAAAUAAGUCAGGAUUUUUGACGUAGGAGAAGGCCGAUAAGAUUUCUGACCGAAAAUUCGGAUUUUUCAUGAUAUUUGGGGAUUUUUGAGCCCAAACAUGACCUAUUUCUGAUAAUUUUUGAAUUUUUAACUAUAGUAGGCAAAAUAUGACAAGAUUUUCGACGUAGGAGACGGCGGAUACGAUUUUUAACCAAAAAUUUGAAUUUUUCAUGAAAUUUGGGGAUUUUUGAGCCCAAACAUGACCUAUUUCUGAUAAAAUUCGAAUUUUUCACUAUAGUAGGAGUAAUAUGUCAGGAUUUUCGACCAAAAUCAUUUUUCUUCAAAACAGCCCAUAUUUGGUGUCAAAAAUCCCCAAAUUUCAUGAAAAAUUCAAAUUUCUAGUCAAAAAUCCUGUCAGCCUUCUCCUACUUUAGGGUUGUCAAAAAUCCUGACAUAUUUUCACUACUAUAGUGAAAAAUUUAAAAAUUCUUGAAAAUAGGUCAUGUUUGGUGUUAAAAUGCCCCAAAUUUCAUGAAAAAUUCAAAUUUUUGGUCAAAAAUCUCUGAAAUUUUCAGCGCUCGUCAAAUUCUUGGACUCAAAAAAGAAGAAGAACCAGAAGAAUUUGUGGAUGAAUCAAAUUUACAUUCAAACGAUCAUUUAUGGGUAAUAUUUUACAUCCUACUGUAUUUAUUGGCCAAUUUUCUUCUCGCCGGUUUGAUUAUUGUAAUUGUAUCAUUUAUUAAACGUCGAAUUGAUGAUUAG